UCAUGGUUUAUCUAUAUUAGAUAUUAUCACAUGGUCGCCUGUACCCUUGCACUGUUGCCAUGAAACCGAUCAACAAAUCUAAAAAUCGCUAUGGCAAUGUCAUUCCAUACGAUAACUCGAGAGUCGUUCUGGAAAAGCUGGAGGGAGACGAAGAUUCAGAUUACAUCAAUGCAAGCUACAUACGGGGAUAUGACUGUAAGCAGAUAUCCUACAUUGCAACUCAAGGUCCUCUCCCUCAAACUGUUAAUGAUUUUUGGCGAAUGAUUUGGCAAGAAAAAAUGUCGGUGAUUGUCAUGUUAACAGGCAUCAAAGAACAAAAUAAGAUAAAAUGCGAAAAGUAUUGGCCAGAAAAGAGUAAGAAUUACCAAGAUCUAUCUGUACAUCUACACAAGACUGAAGUAUUUGCUGACUACUCGAUUCGUACUUUUGUUGUAUCUAAGAUGAAGACAAAAGAACAGCGCUAUGUCUUCCAAUAUCAUUUCACUGCCUGGCCUGAUAAAGGUGUUCCUCAACAUGCAACACAAUUAUUGGCCUUCAGAAAACGUCUUGAGUCAGACACAGCCAUGGGGUCUCCUUGGGUUGUUCACUGCAGUGCUGGUGUUGGAAGAACAGGAGCUUUUCUCGCCAUCGACGCCAUGAUAAGACAAGCGAGAGAUUACAAAACGAUUGAUGUUUUCAACUUUGUUAAAACAAUGAGACAAAACAGACAAGACAUGGUGCAGACCAAGGAGCAGUACUUGUUUAUACACAUGGCGAUUCUCGAACAUCUAACGUGUGGGAUCACAGAGAUACAAGCACAUCAACUGGGGAAGAUGAUCAACAAACUGACUAUAUACGAUCGUAAAGAGAAAAUCUCGGGAUUUGAAAAGGAAUUCAAGCAUCUUUCAGCCCUUUGUCCUGAUGUCCCCAAAAACGAGAUGAAACAUGGAAGAAGGAAUUGUAACAGUAAGAAAAACAGGUUUCAACACAUCCUGCCUGUGGAUAAAGCUAGAGUUAUUCUACAAGCUGACACGGAUGAAGAGGGAACUGACUACAUCAACGCCUCAUAUGCCAACGCCUACAGACAAAAGGACGCGUACAUAUUGACCCAGGCUCCUCUCGACACCACCCUGGCUGAUUUCUGGAAAAUGAUUUAUGACAACAAACUGGGAACCAUCGUUAUGCUGAAUAAGAAUAAAGAGGAAAAAAUGAGUUACCCCCCGUACUGGCCUGAAAAGGGAUCACUGGAAUUUGGGAACAUCAGAGUUGAAAUCGUCAAGGAAGAAACUGAGAAUUGCAUAGUAUCACGAGAGUUUAAUCUGACUCACAAUCACAAAUCAGAUGGUCCAAACAAACCACACAAAGUGAGACAUCUACAGCACACAGGAUGGAGUGAUGGAUCGGUCGUAGUGGUACGUUGUGUACAAUCUUGUCUCUACUCGACCGUGUCAAAACCGAACAAAUGGUGGAUGUCUUCCAGACUGUGAAAUCACUGAGAAUAUCGAGACCUGGAGCUGUGGAAACUGCGAUCCAAUACCAGUUCUGUUUUCAAGUAGUCAUGGAUUACCUGGAGUCCUUCAGCGAAUAUGCAAACUUCAAUGGUUAAAAUAAGGGCAUACUAGACAUCUUUACCUUGUUGGGUGUAAUGUUUCCCAUUUCAGGGCACGUGUCGUUUCAUUCAGGGUAUCAUUUCUUUAUUUAGUGCUACACACGAGAAGACACAUGAAUACGCAUACGACUGAAUCAACAAAUCUUAUUCUCAAGAGAAUGACACAGUCUAGAAUGCAAAAACAUUACGCCAAUUGCAAGUUAAAAUCAUCUAUUUGACUUGAAUAAGCCCGGGUUUAUAUAAUAAUACAUUUCUCUCAUUUUUAAAAGGGUAUCGGCUACUUAAACGUAUAAAUGUCGAGCGGAUGUCGUUUUAAAUGAAUUAUUAUCUGUUUCAAUGUUCCAGCUGCAGGCAAUGUUUCCGGCUCAACGUUUACGAGAGAGAGAGAGAGAGAGAGAGAGAGAGAGAGAACAAACGGCAUUGCAAAAGGAUAAGACAGAUUUGGAUUUUAACUGAAUUGUAAAUAAAACUACUUUGAAUCAACAAGAAUCCUAUGCGACGGAAUAAGCAGUUUUCAAAAUGUGGAUUCAUCGGUGGGAGUGGUUGGGGCUAACUUAAUUCUUAUCAUCUUACGCUUGAUUUCCUCUAAAAUAACCUAAGGCGGCUGAAAUACCAAAAAAAAAAAAAAAGAAUCAUCAAUUCUUCGAUUGCACGUUACAUCAUCGCGGCCAUGUUGGUGCCAUUUAACAAAAGAUUUCCCAUUAGCAUCCAUCGUUAGYGGCACCACGGUGGCCGCCAUGCUUUUGUCUUUGGCUCUCUUGGGAAUGCUUGACAUCCAUCAAUAUACUUGAGGGGUAGAGGUUCGGGCUGAUUAAAGCACCCCUCCCCCCUCCCUCUCCACCCCCCUCCCUCUCCACCCCCCCUCCUAUAGUAGAUCCCUCGCCUUUAAAUAAAAAUAACUAAUCAAAAUGAAUUCGAAAGGACAGCCAUGUGUAUAAUCGAUAAGGAAACAGCUUACCUUGAUCUUGAAAUAGAUUAAGUGUUUUUUGCAAUAAAUUUAAAACCGCGUAA